GGGCUUCAGCGUUCCACCUGACGCUGAGGGCUUUUUUCCUCCCUGUGCCCCCUUCCAGAAGACAAACCAUUAAAAAAAAAAAAAAAAAAAUACUCGGUGGUUUAAAAUUUGUGUGAGGCUGAAGUUUGAAGGGGAAUGGCCUCCGCACCCACUGCCACAGGGCUGGGCUACCUGAAGCUGCUGAUGGUGAAGGACUUCAAGUCCUGGCGUGGGGAGCAGCUUAUCGGCCCCUUCAUGAGAUUCAACUGCAUAAUUGGGCCCAAUGGAUCAGGAAAAUCUAACAUAAUGGAUGCUGUUAGUUUUGUGCUGUGUGAAAAGAUAUCUAAUUUACGAGUUAAAAGUGUUCGAGAACUAAUUCACGGAGCACAUGUUGGAAAACCAGUUUCUUCUACAGCAAGUGUAAAGAUAGUAUACUGUGAAGAAGAUGGGGAAGAAAAAACAUUUUCAAGAGUUAUCCGUGAUGGUUGUUCAGAAUAUAUUUUCAAUGAUAAAUCUAUUACCCGGUCUGCUUACAUAUCUGAGCUUGAAAAAAUAGGCAUACUUGUCAAAGCUAGGAAUUGUCUUAUUUUUCAGGGAACAGUAGAGUCAAUUGCAAUGAAGAAGCCGAAAGAAAGAACUCAACUUUUUGAACAAAUCAGUAAUUCAUGGCAAUAUGCUGAGGAAUAUGAAAGGAAAAAGAAAAAAAUGCAGCAAGCAGAGGAGGAUGCACACUUUAAUUAUAACAAGAAAAAAAAUAUUGCAGCAGAACGCAAGCAAGCGAAGGUAGAGAAGGAGGAGGCAGAGCAUUACCAGAUGCUUGUCAGAGAACUGAAUGCAAACAGGGUACAGCUUCAACUUUUCCAGCUCUAUCACAAUGAAAGAAGCAUUGAAUCUCUGAAAGAGAGUUUGGAUGAAAAGAAUAUGGAGGCUAGGAUCAAGAAAGACUCCCUUUCUACAGCAGAAGAUACCUUCAGAGCAAAGAAAAAGGUGCUUGGUGUACUAAACAGAGACCAGCAACAGAUGGAAAGAGAAAUGAAGACUCUUCAGGCAUCCCUGAUUCAGCAGAAAGCCCUCUAUAUAAAAGCGAAAGAAAAUACUUCCUACCAAAUCAAGAAAGUAGAAAUGUCUAAAAGAUCUCUAAGGGACAAGGAGAAAUACUGUGAUAAGGAAAAACAGAACAUAAAAGAACUAGAGAUGGAAUUGCAUGAUACCGAGAAGGCAUGGAGAGAAUUUGAGAAGGAAGCUGAAGAGGAGAUAUUGCUGAGAGUAGAACGUGUUGAGCUGAGAGAGCGUCAGCUGGAGCGCUAUAAAGAACUGAAGGAAAUAGCAAGAAGGAAAGUAGCUACACUAACGCAGCAGCUAGGUAAACUUCGUUGGGAACAAAAAGCAGAUGAAGAAAGGAUGAAACUUUAUCAGAGGAAGAAAAAAGAAGUUAAGGAAACCAUUGUACAGACUGUGGAACAGAUAGAGGAGUAUAAAAAACGAGUAGAGAAGUUGGAAGAAUAUACCAAGAAAUGCACUGAGUCACUGGAAGAAGAAAAAAAGAAGGAGGAAAUGCUAGCUAAGGAAAUAGAGAAUUCAACAACACGAAUAGCUGAAGUGAAUGAAGAAUUGAACAAAAUAGUUGGUGAACUACAGAAUGCCAGAAUUGAUUACCAUGAGGGAAAGCGUCAGCAAAUGAGAGCAGAGAUUGUUGAAAGUCUUAAAAGACUGUAUCCAGAUUCUGUGUUUGGAAGAUUGCUUGACCUGUGCCAUCCUAUUCAUAAGAAAUAUCAGCUUGCUGUUACCAAAGUAUUCAGCAAAUAUAUGACUGCUAUUGUUGUUGCCACUGAAAAAACAGCAAGAGAUUGCAUUCAGUUCCUAAAACAAGAACGAGCUGAACCUGAAACAUUCCUUGCUUUGGAUUACCUUGAGGUCAAGCCCAUCAACGAGAGGUUAAGAGAGAUAAAAGGAGCUAAAAUGAUUGUGGAUGUUGUGCAAACUCCAUUUGCUCCAUUGAAAAGAGUGAUUCAGUUUGUGAGUGGGAAUGGCUUGGUCUGUGACACAGUUAAAGAAGCAAGACAAAUAGCAUUUGAGGGACCAGUGAGAUUGAAGACGGUGGCACUUGAUGGAACAUUAUUUCUGAAAUCUGGAGUGAUUUCUGGAGGAUCUAGUGAUUUAAGAGUUAAAGCUAGAUGUUGGGAUGAUAAAGAGAUAAAUAGAAUGAAAGAAAGAAGAGAUGCAUUGAUUACCGAGCUGAAGGACUUAAUGAAGAUCAAACGCAAGGAGGCUGAUUUGAAACAGUUGCAAGCUCAAUGCCAUGGAACUCAGACACGACUUAAAUAUUCACAGAGUGAAUUAGAUCUUAUUAAAAAGAAACAUCUUCCUAAUGUCUAUAUGGAAAAGUCAAAGCUGGAAAGUGAACUAGUAAAUACUGAGUCUCAGCAUGAUAUGAUAAAGGAAGGAGUAGUACAAAGAAAAUUAAAAAUAGAAGAAUUUCAGAAGCAGAUUAAUGAGGCUGAAGAUGCCGUUUUCCAGGAAUUCUGUGAAGAAAUUGGCAUUGAAAAUAUACGUGUGUAUGAACAAGAACACGUGAGAAGACAAGAAGAGAUUGAUAAGAGAAGAUUGGAGUUUGAAAAUCAGAAGACGCGACUAAGUGUUCAGCUGGAAUAUAAUCGUGAGCAUCUACAGAAACUAACAGAUGCAGUCAGCAAGUUAAGGGAUACCAUUCAUAAAGAUGAAUCUGAGAUUGCAGGACUACAGAAGGAUGAGGAAAAGCAUCUAAAAAGGGUGAACGAAAUUGAAGAGGAGGAGCAGCAUCUUAAAGAUAGAUUAAGUGCUCAGAAAUCUGAGAUUAUGAAAACCCAAAGUGAAGCAGAUGAGUUGAGAAAAACGCUUUUAACUCUUAAUAGGGAGGCUGCAAAAUUACAAAAGGAAGCUGCAGCUAUAGAAGCUUCUCUGGAAGAUAAGAGAUUAAGAAGACAUAAUAUGCUUCUAGAAUGCAAGGUGCAGGACUUGAAAAUACGUCUCCUGUUUGGAUCGUUGGAUGACAUCAGUGAAGUAGAGCUAGGAACUGAAACAGAAGACACUCAGACUACAGGUAUCUAUGAAAGAGAAGAGGCAAUUAAAAUAGACUACAGUAGCCUACCUAAAGACCUGAAGGACCUAGAGUCUGAUAAAGAGAUAGAGGCUCAUCUGAACCAGAUGCAGCAGGAAAUAAAAUCUAAAGAGAGUAUCUUAAUGAAGACAGCUGUUCCAAACCUGAGAGCAGUAGAGAAGUUACAGAUAGCUCGGAACAAAUUCCAGGAAUCAAUGGAAGCUUUUGAGGCCAGCAGAAAGGAGGCCAGAAUAUCCAAGCAAGAAUUUGAAGAGGUGAAAAAAAGGAGAUAUGAACUUUUUAGCCAGUGCUUUGAGCAUGCGUCCAUAGUUAUUGAUCAGGUCUACAAGAAACUUUGCAGAAACAGUAGUGCUCAGGCAUUCCUUAGUCCUGAGAAUCCUGAGGAGCCUUAUCUGGAAGGCAUAGGCUUUAAUUGUGUGGCACCUGGAAAGCGCUUUAUGCCAAUGGACAGUUUGUCAGGAGGAGAAAAAACUGUGGCUGCUCUGGCUCUGAUAUUUGCUGUACACAGUUUUCGGCCUGCACCAUUUUUUAUUUUAGAUGAGAUAGAUGCUGCCCUGGAUAACACAAACAUUGAUAAAGUAUCAAUUUUCAUUAGGGAACAGGCACAUAAACAGUUUCAAAUGGUUGUUAUUUCCCUAAAGGAAGAGUUUUAUUCCAAAGCAGAUGCAUUGAUUGGAGUGUGUCCAGAGCAUGAUGACUAUAUGUUUAGUCGAGUACUGACUUUGGAUCUUACCCAGUAUCCAGAGGAUGAAGAAGCAGCAGAGAAUCACAAACGUACUUCUUUAGAAUAAAACAUGGAUGGAUUCAGGGCCAGGCGGCAGGUAGAACUGUGUUUACAGCUGACUGUUAAAAAUCUGAGUUUGAAUUGUGGCCAUUAGUGGUUAAUAGAUACAUAUUUACCUUUAAAAAAAAAAAAAAAAGCAUUUUCUUCAAGUAUUUGCUUGUUUGUUCUGUUGCCUUGAGAUGAAUGAUAAAAACACCAUUACUGAGCAUAAGACCUGUGUUUUUUUUAUGAGAAGAGAUAUGUUUAGUUGUAUCUCCAGUGCAUGCUAACACUGGAUUGAUCUCGAGACCUUUACAGUCUCUUUUUUUAUGUUGCAGCUGCCUCUGUUUACAUUCAGGUGAGAUUAUUUACUUUUUUGAAAAAAAAAAGCAAACAAACAAGAUACUGGAAUAUGGCUGUUGCUUUCUCUGACUUUUGCAAUGACUGUCAUACAUCCGUUGUCCACUGUAGCAUUAUGAAAAUAGUCAACUUUACAAAAGCUCAGCUCAUCCAGGUUUGAUGUACCCUGGAAGAAAUUCCCAAGGCAUUUUCCCCCAUACAAAAUGGGGAAGAAUAAAACAGGUGUGAGGCAGCUGCCAGACGAGUAACAGCCUUAGAAAAAAAAGCAUCUUCUAUUAGUUUGCAGUUGAGAAGACUUAAUAUGUAGGUGGCUCAGUGCAUUCCAGGUGGAUGACUGUGCUUCAUCUAAGAAGGAUAAUGAAGUUGGUUACAGAACAUAGUUUGAGGUCUAGAAUCUCUUAAUCUGGCCUAUGUUGCACAUUGGUGUUUACUGAUGAGCUUUAUCUGGUUUGUGCUCGCUCCUGAUUAUUUCUUGUAUUCAUAUACCAGCUUCCUGCAGUCUACUAUGGCUGUUAAAUACUUAGACCUUGUGAUGUGUUGCUAAUACAGUGCCUGUUGCACACAACAGUUGAGUUUACUACAUAAGGAAGGAAUGACCUAUGCAAACAGUAGAUAGAGUGUUCAUAGGGAGAACACAACAGUGACAUAAAUGUACCCACCCAGCUGUAGACAAAGGUUUAUCGAAUAGUUGUAUUGUAGCCCCAUGCCAUUAAAUAAAGUUAUUUACUCUGAACAUAA